AGGUCGUUCGACCGAGCCGACUUGCUGUCGCUGUCGUCGGUCGCCGCGCGCACAGAAACAAAAACACCCCUUGGGGAGCGCGCGGCUCCCUCUGCCUCCGCCGAGCCGCUUGUUUGACUUGUCCGCCCGCCACUCCGCCGGCGGCGGCGGCUAUAUAUGGCGCGCCAAACCAAACGGCCGCCUCACCCUCACCUCCAAGUCAUCAGCAGGAGCCGGGAACCGCAGGAUGGGCGCGACUCUGCUGCAGGCGGUGGCGGCGCUGGUGGGCCGGCUGCAGCGGGCGGCGCGGAGGAUGGCGGCCGGCGGCGGCAAGGGGUCGUCGCCGCCCCGCGCCGCCGUGGCGCCGUGGAAGAAGACGUUCUCGCUGGCGCCGACCGGUAAGGCCGACGCCGGGGUGUGGAGGAAGGAGAUCCUCAUGGGGGAGCGCUGCCAGCCGCUCGACUUCUCCGGGGUCAUCUACUACGACGCCGAGGGCCGCCGCCUCGCGCACCCGCCGCCGCCGAGGUCGCCCUUGCGCAGCCCGCUCCCGGCGUCGCCCAGGGUCGCCGCCGCCAACGCCCGCGCCUACUAGUAGCUGCUGCUCUCUAGCUAGGCAGGGACCAGCGCGCCCCGAGGUCGCUCUCGGUGGCCGCAGGGUGGCAAAGCUUGCUCUGUUUUUGUUGGGGGGCCCGGCAGAGUGUGUGUCUGCUUGGGGAUUGCAGCUCUACUCCUGCCUGUACAUGGUAAUGAUCUUGGUGUAAGGUGUUCCUCAUCUUCCUUUUGUUGUUUUGUUGGUGCUGUAAUUCUAGGAUAUGCAAGAGCUGAUUGAGUUGAGGACUAUACUGUCCCAUCUGCUACUUUUCAUUCUGCUCGUCAGUAAGGCAACACAUCUUCUCAUUUUCAUGGCAGUUUGUAGAAGAUCCACCACCAAAAGUUUGUGCUAGUGCUACCGGGUCACCAUGUGUGUUGAGCAAGGACAGAAAAUUCAGCA